AUGGCUAACGUAUCUGCUGAAGAGAAAGAGACCCCCGUCGUCGAGAAGGUUCCAUCACAGGAAGUCGGUGCUCUGGAGAACGACGUAGUUGCAACCGAGGAGAACGGAGCACCGGCCGAAGCCGUCGAUUGUAAGAAGCUGACCUCCGAGGACGGUGCUCCCGCCGCCGAGGAUCAGAAGGAGGUGUACGCGGAUGAAGACCAGAAGGAGAAGUCUGCCGCCAAGGAGGAGAGCGUUGAAGCAGCUCCAGGUGCUCCUAACGCCGCCGAGGAGGCCAACGGGGACUCAACGGAUGCUCCCGACGCCGAGGCCUUGAAGCGGAAGAUGGACGAGUCUGCCGCCGGGGAGAAAGGGGCACCGGCCGAGGACGUCAUUUGUAAGAAGCUGACCUCCGAGGACGCUGCUCCCGCCACCGAGGAUCAUAAGGAGGUGUACACGGACUACGACCAGAAGGAGGAGGCCAAGAAGGAGAGCAUCGAAGCAGCACCAGCAGCUGUUGACGUCGCCGAGGCCUUGAAGCGAAAGGCGGACGAGUCUGCCGCCGUGGCCGAGGCCGAGGCCUCCACCCCGCAAAAACGGGAAAAGGUGGACGUGGACGAGGACGAGGUCAGCACAGAGGAGGAUCUACCGAAGAGUUCACCUCCAUGGGUUUUAGAAUACUAA